UUAUGGUGAUUCAAAAUUACAAGCAUAACAUGACUAGUAUCAGUUUAUCACAUAGUGUAGCUCAGUUUAAGCACGAGCACUGAUAAAGUGACGAUCGGCUUUGUUCAGUUUUAAGAAGCCUGGAGCAGAGUAUCAAUUUUCCGAUUUUGAGUUGAUUUGGGAUUCUAAUUCGCGCGCAGCGAGAUUUACAGUCAUCAGGACCAUCGGAAACGCGUUCUCAGGUAGCAAGGGCGCAAUGACCAACGCGCAUAUAUUCCAUACCAUCGACCUUAUCCUCGGCCUGCCGUAUGCUGCUCUAAAGUCUUCCUGGACUGAUUUUUAAAACUGAAUUCCUACUCCAAAGUGGACCGAGCCAUAUUAGUAAACACUCGUGCACGCUUCGAUCUUCUCCGAGCUCGCCGUUGACAAACUGGAUCAGAAUGAGAAACGGACGCAUCUCAGAGAGAAAAAUACAACGUGACGUCCGCGUACGAAGAAGCUGAAGCAUGGAUAUCGGCAAGCAUGCGCCAGCAAAACUUCAGUUCUGCCUUUUGGAUAAAGAGCUGGAACACAACACUUCCGUGAAACAGAGCGUAAAGCUUUUUCACGCUUGCUCAUUCCUGUUCUGUGAAGAGGCCCUUCGUGCGGCUUCGAGGAAGAAAAAUGGAAGGAAGAUCGUUUUUAUCACAGAAAAUUUUGAUGGAGAUUUGUUUAAGCGCAUCAAAUCGGUUUCCAAGCAAAUUCUUGGUCCGCCUGCACUGGCCCAUUUUGCUGCGAUCUGCACCGAUCACCUGCCAGAUAUUCGAAGGCCUAUCUACAGUCUGGCAAUGGAGGGCGUUGUGGCUGUCGUCAGCGGAUUUUGCGAUCAGCAGACGGGUCAGAUUGUCAGAGAGAUCCAUAAUAUGGGAGGCUUGGUCAUCCGCAGACUAGUCUCGUCGUCUUUAUCGCUGAAUCCUCCAGUGAAAAGACCGACCCAUCUGAUAACGUACAAUGCCUUAAGUGCUGGUUACCAAACAGCCAUCGAGAAUCCGUCCAAAAUCGAAAUCAUGACCGAAGAUUGGCCUGCGCAAUUGUGGCGUCGGCGAAGUACGCGCAAUACCGGUAGCACACCUGACGUCAUCCAGCGACGCUGCAGAUUCCAGGGAUGCUUUUUGCGGCACAUUCGUUUUCAUUUGCUCGGCUUUGGCCAGACGGAGCGUCUGCAUUGGAUUACUUACAUUGCUAAUGCCGGGGGUUCUGUUGAAAGUGACCUUUCUUUAUCUUCUGAUAUUGUUGUUGUCAAUCACCACAACAGAAAUAUUGAGGCACGGCUACAUGUUAGCAGCGAGGAGCGUCAUGUGGAAUUGAUUGUGGAUUCUGUGACGCGGUGGUUCGUUCUGCACGAUGGCCAGCAUGUUGUUACCGCCGAUCUGCUAAUUGUUUCCUUCAGCCGGAAAAUUUUGCCUUCGUUGCUUCAGUUUUCUGUAUUCCGGGAUGGUAACAAUUUCCAGGGGGGAGUCCACGUUCGCAAACGGCGACUGUCCCUGGAAGACGCAGAACCCGAACCGGAAACCUUUUGCAGUCCCAAGCGCCGGCUGUAUCGUUCCGCGAAAUCGAUGAUGCCUCGCUAUCCUCCAUCCGACAGUCCGACAAAGCAGUUACGAUCAUUAAUUUUGGGAUCUCCCGCUCUGACGGAUCAGCCGCGAAUUGAGCAGCCGGUUUAUCGUAAGUCGGAAACGUCCACUGAUGAGCCGCCGAAAGAAAGAGAACCAUCCAAGCGUCACCAGCGGAUAAUGGAGUUGUUAGAUACGGAACGGAACUAUGUCAUCAUUUUGCGAAGUUUGCUGACACAUGUUAAAAGUGGAUUGGAAUGUGGUGAAAAUGGCCGCGGUGGAUGUCUGGAUGCCGGCCAAGUGGGCGCCAUUUUUGGCCGCCUUCCUGAUAUUUUCAGUAUUCACGAGCAGAUCGUGAGGGAACUGGAAACUGUGAUGAGUCCAUGGGAUGAUGGCUGUGAAAUUGGUUCCUUGUUUCUACAACAUGUUUUUAAUAUUUCAAAAUCAUAUCCUCCUUUUGUAUGUUCUUUUGAGGAAAUUCAGCGUAUUGUUCAAGACACUUGCAUUGGUAAAGCGAAAGUUCGAACUUUAUUGAAACGACUUUUGAUGCUUCCUGAGUUUGGUCGGCAGUCUUUGUCAGAUUUAUUGAUCCGCCCGGUUCAACGUUUGCCUACAGUCGUUCUUCUGUUGAAGGACAUACAAAAGUACACGAGUGAUAACCAUCCCGACCAUGAAAAUCUCCAGACAGCGAUUAACGAGCUCCAGAUAAUACUGCGCGCAAUGAACAGCCACGCAACGGGGAACAACGAUAAUCUGGAGAAUGAAGCGGAAAGCUCGUGUGACAUGAAAAUGUCGGAUGGAUUUAAUAAGCGUGCAAUGGAAAAGGCCCGCAAGCUGGCAUCUCAGACGACGCUUCGUGUUUCCAAAGUAUUUUCUGGAUUGGGUACCCGUUCCGGUUCUGGCAUCAAACGCGCAGCUUCUAUGAUGCUCUUUACACCGGCAAAGAGUGCCCGAAGUCAGCCGAAAUGCGAUGAAGAAUCUAAGUCAGAAGAGUGAGUUGCUUUCUUUAUAUUAAGAAAUUGGAGGAGUCAUUUGCAGCGUGUUUGUAAUUUUUCUAAUGUCUUUUGGAAGUGUUUUCUGACAGUUUAUUGUAUCAACUAUAAUUUCCAAUAUGCAUCGAGAGUAUGCUGGGAGUUAAUUUUGGGUAAUGUUCUUGAAUUCAAUCGGUCAGUAGCUAUACGUUUAUUGUUGUAAUUGAUGGUGGUUAAAAAUAUUGCACUUGAAUUGUGGCGGCUUGAUACCAUGUUUUACGAAUUUUGUUGAAACCUGUUGACAACCUUUCGGUUCUGUUUGUGUACUAAUCUUACACGUCUGUUAAUUCUUAUUUCUAACAUGUGUCUUGUUCAUUACUACUUUGUUCCAUCAAAACAAUAUUGGGCAAACAUUAG